UGGGACUUCAGUGAGGGCUAGUGAGCAGACGGAAAGGGUUUGGUCCGUUCCGGUAACGUUCUGGGUGUCACCGGUCGGUGUGUGCGUCAGCGCGGCUCCGAACUGCCGCAGACAGCCUGGGCGGCGUCGGUGCUCCAGCCCCGAAGAAGCCCCCCACUCCCCGUAGAUGAACGUCGUCCUCGGCUAUGCUGCCCUGAGAGCGCCGCCGGUGUGGUACCCGCCCUGCCAACAUGUCUGAUGUCAACAAGACUCUGCAGAAAUGGCACGCCAGUUUCAGAAAAGGCACAGACUUUGACUCGUGGGGACAAUUAGUGGAGGCGAUAGACGAGUACCAAAUUCUUGCGAGGCAGUUGCAAAAAGAAGUGCAGUCAUCAAACUCAACAGACUUCACAGAAGAGCAGAAGAAAAAUUUAGGGAAGAUUGCAACAUGCCUGGAGAUGAGGAGUGUCAGUUUGCAGUGCACACAGUCGACAGAGGAGUUCAAAUUGGAAGACUUAAAGAAAGUGGAAAGCAUCAUCAAGAACUUAUUGACUUACAACAAAGAAUUUCCCUUCGACGUCCAGCCGGUGCCCUUAAGAAAAAUCCUCGCUCCUGGUGAAGAGGAGAACCUGGAGCUCGAGGAAGAAGAUGCCGCCGCAGUCGCCGGUUCCACAGAAGCGUUCCCCCCGAGAGCUCCCGGUACCUUGUUGCCACGGUUACCCUCCGAACCUGGAAUGACGCUGCUUACAAUAAGAAUAGAAAAAAUUGGUUUGAAAGAUGCCGGGCAAUGCAUCGACCCGUACGUGACCAUGAGUGUCAAAGAUUCGAACGGGGUGGACUUGAACCAAGUGCAGGACACCCCCGUGGCCACCAAAAAGGAAGACAUCUACAUUCACUUCAGUAUGGACGUCGAGAUCCAAAGGCAUGUGGAGAAACUACCUAAAGGGGCAGCUAUUUUCUUUGAAUUUAAGCACUACAAACCCAAGAAGAGGUUUACCAGCACAAAAUGUUUUGCCUUCUUGGAAAUGGACGAGAUCAAGCCUGGACCCAUCGUGAUUGAGCUGUACAAGAAGCCCACUGACUUCAAGAGGAAGAAACUUCAACUUCUCACAAAGAAGCCCCUUUAUCUUCAUCUUCAUCAAACCUUGCACAAGGACAGCUAAGACGCCCUCACAUGCAAUAUAGCACUACUAAAUCAUAGUAUUUUUUUUCUCCGUGGCUAUAUUAACAGAGUAAAGGGAACUGAGCCACAAGUUGGUGGCAUCCACACAUUUCUUUCCUUUAUAUAUAUAUAUAUAUAUAUAUUUUUUAAGUGCAUACCCUGGUAAAAACCAUAUUUGGACUAUUUGGAGGACAUAUUUCAUGCUGCGACACUUUGGAACUCAACGUGUUGCGUCGGGACUCCACGCAAGGUUGUGUCAAUAUGCGGUGCUCACCUGUCUCUGUUUGCACUGUUGGACCUUGAAACAGAAGUGUGCAAAACAUGCUGCCAAAAAGCUGACGCCAUGUGUAGCAAAUAUUCAUUAAACUGGGACAUUUACUGAAUCAUUUAAAAGGCAGACACGAACAACAAAGCACAUCUCUAAUAAGAGUCCACGCGGAGACAUUUUGGUGCUUAGUAACAUCUUUUCAGAUAUGAGUUAUUGUUCAAUUUAAAGUAAUUUGAAUAAUGUAAGUGGAAGUUGGGCAUGCAGAAUUUUUGUUUUCACCAACUCUUAAAAUAAAUUAAUCCAUAAAUACAAGCUCUGCCCCUUCACCAAAUUGUAUGACGACAAAAUUACUAACAUCUAUAGUGUAUGUAAAAUUUUGCAAUAAAAAAACGGUAAAUAAAAAGAAUAAAAAUUUCCUUGUUGAAGCUUCACCAUUUAACCAAACAAUCAUAUAAUUACUGCAAAGUAAAAUAGAACAUAUAAAAUAAAACAAAUUGUAAUUCAUUAAAAAUAAUUCAUUUAAACACCUCCUGGUUCCAGCUGCUGCUUCAACUCUAGUAAAUAUUCAAAUUACUAAUAAUGAAAAUACAGCAUGAGCUAAUCAUAAAAAGUAAUUCCCUCAAAAUCAUUUGAAUAGUAUUCCCGGUUCAAGCUCUGCACCGUCACUGAAUUUUAUAUUUAUAAAAUGACUAAUAAUUUAAAAUAACUAAUAAUAAGCGUAUCUAAAAUAUAGUAAUUAUAUUGUAAUAAAUGAUUGGGUAGGCUCCAACUCACAUACAACCCUUUUUGUUUUAUU